UGCGUUUUGAGAUACGUGAAUGAAAACCUAAAAUGGCGGCGAUGACCUUAAGGAUGGGAGAUUUGAUUCAGCAUGUCCAAGGACAUGCAGACGUUACAGACAUUCGUCGGAGGCUGUUACUGUACUUUCGUAAACGUAAUGGCGGACCAAAGGAGGGACUGCUUGAGAUAAACCGAAUAAAACUUGGUGACGGCUCCUUACUGUGUAUUACUAUUACAGUUAAGUGGACAGCCGAACUGCGUGCCUUGAUCGAACAAUUCGUGUGUGUCCGUGAGACUGUAAAUGGAUUGUCAAGAGAGUACGUUUAUAUGGAACUUGAUAAUAUAGAACUUAGAAGAUUCAAAGAGGUGAGAGAAGAACUAGUGCAGGGUGGAUAUGUAUAUGACGGCGGAACAGUGGCAGUACCAGAUGUAAGAUAUAAAGACCUUGACAACGGAAACGUAUAUCAGUAUACCACCGUGGGGCUGGACAUAAAUAUGGUAACCGUUCUUCAUAAUAGAUUGUUAAUGAUGUAUUGUGGAAACCUUCCACAAUUAUUUCCUGGGAGAGUUGUAAAAUAUUGUGGCAGUUUUCACGCUGUUGUUGCUACCACUCGGGAGAAACUUAUCCUUCACGUCUUGGAGGAGGGGGUCGAGUUCCAGGCUAUCAACCUCCGCCAAGUUCGAAUGGAAGAAGUUGAAGAGUUGGGUGAAAUGGCAUUAGAUCAGCAGCAGAGAGAAGAGGUACUAAAAUUGAUGAAGGGUUUAACGGCUGACACUCUUGACCCCCAAUAUGCUCAGCCAAUUCAAGUUUCAGAGUAAUAAUAAUAAUAAUAAUAAUAAUAAUAAUAAUAAUAAAUAAUCAAAUAGUAGUUGUUGUAGUAUUUUUGUAGUAACACUACUACCGCUAAUAAUAAUAAUGAUAAUAAUUAUAAUUCUUAAGUUCGAUGGUUGUAUAAAGUUACAUAGCAAAGUUGAUCUUACUUAGUUGGCUAACCAAUGUCAGCAGUCUACGCCAAGACCCUCAGAAAUUAAUUUUAAUUAAAAAGGGCAUUUUAGGUAUAUUACCACAUGAUAUGAGCAAACUCUAAUUAAUCAGUCUUUAACAAGUUUGUUGAAAGAACCUAUAAAACAUUAUAUAAGAAGUUGUUAGGCAAUUUUAUAGGUAGGUUGGCUGCAGUAUUGUGCCAUCAUUUAAUCUGGACAACACCGAUGGAUAUUUUGUCAGCACCUACCCACUCAAAAUCAGGAAAACAUAUUGUCUCGCAGCUUUCGGUAAGAUCAAGCGAGAUUUCAGGGGAUUUGGGAAAAGUUGAACUUUGUUGUUGUCAUGAAUGUGCAGGGGCGGGACCAGGAUGAUUUGAAGGGGGUUCACGGAUGCGAAGCAGAGAACGCCCCCCCUUCCCCUUGGCGUCAGGUUCAGUGAAGGGCUCCAAAAAUUUCUAAUACUGUCAGAAUUCUGAUUCUGUAAAAAAUUCUGUCAAAAUUCUGAUUUCAAGGGGAGCCCAUUGGCGUGUUUUUUUCUGAAAUCGAAGGGGGGGGGAUCAGGACCCUCCUGACAUCUCCCUAAAUCCGCCACUGAUUGUAUAUAAACUUUAUAGACAUGUGCUUUUCAAAAAAAAAAAAAAAAA